AUGGUAGUCAAUCAUUUCAGGAACAAGCGUGCAGCGCAUAACAUCAAUCGCUCAAGCGCCGACCAAUGGAAUCCUUUUCGACAUGUUUCAUGGAAAAAGGGCGAUGAACGACGACGGGAUACGUGGGGAGGCCCAGAACUCGAGGCACAAACAGGCCAAGGCGUAGAAGACCAAGGCGAUGAGCUGACCCAUGCCGUUACGGCACCGAAUCCCAGCAGCGGCAUGCCAAGAGAUGCCUCCAAUACAGACACCAUCACUGCCUCUGGAAAGGAUAGCGACGAAGCGACGAGGACCAAAAGCGUCGAUAACGCAACGGAGCACUUAGCACCAACACAAUCCAUCGGAGAUGACAAAACAGGUGGUCUACGAAACCGAAAGCCCGAGGACGACGCCGAAAAAGUUGGAGGCAACUCGAUAUCUGCCGCAGACGAUAAUGGAAAGUCGAAGAAGAAGGAAAAGACAGGCAUAAUUAACUGGCAUCUUAAGCCGAAGGAGCCUUUUACCGUGGCGAACCAGCUGCAGCGAACGUUUUUGAACUCUUGGAUCAACAUUUUGAUUCUGGCUGCCCCCGUUGGCAUUGCCUUGAAUUAUGUUCACUCGGUUAAUCGCAUUGCGGUCUUUGUUAUCAACUUCAUUGCCAUUAUUCCGCUAGCCGCUAUGCUUAGUUUUGCUACAGAAGAGGUGGCCCUACGAACUGGCGAAACUCUUGGAGGUCUCAUCAAUGCUACUUUUGGAAAUGCGGUCGAACUCAUCGUUGCCGUCAUUGCCCUGAAAGAUGAUCAGAUCGCUAUUGUUCAAACGUCCCUUAUUGGAUCCAUUCUUUCCAACUUGCUCCUUGUCAUGGGAUUCUGCUUCUUUUUCGGUGGCUUGCGACGACAAGAACAACACUUCAACCACACUGUUGCUCAAACCGCAGCGUCUCUUCUUGCCCUCGCGGCUGCAUCGGUUAUUGUCCCAUCGGUCUUCGACGUUGCUACAGAUAUUGAACAGGACAAAAUUGCCAAGCUCUCUCGCGGUACCUCGGUCAUUCUUCUCAUUGUCUACAUCGCCUAUCUCAUUUUUCAACUUCACACCCACCAGGAGGUCUUUAAUGAAGAGAGCCAGAAGGUCCCUGCGAAGCCUUGGUCACGCACCGUUGGAUCAGGCGCCAUCAAGCAGGGCCUGGCCAUGCCCGGCACACUUAUGGGUCAUGCUGUCCCUGACCAGAACGAGAACCAGAGACUAUCGAAGAUGCUCAUGAACCCUAUGAGCCUGGAUCAUGAUGAGGAUGAAGGCGAGGAACCUCAGCUGAACUUCUUUGUUGCUAUUGCCACCUUGACUGUUUCUACAGUGAUUAUUGCGUUCUGCGCUGAAUCCAUGGUUGGUUCCAUUGACGCCGUGACGAAGGAUGGAGGCUUAACCCAGGAAUUUGUUGGGUUAAUUUUGCUCCCCAUUGUCGGAAACGCUGCGGAACACGCAACGGCUGUCACGGUUGCUAUGAAGGACAAGAUGGAUCUUGCUAUUGGUGUUGCGGUUGGCUCAAGCAUGCAAGUUGCACUGUUUUUGAUCCCACUCCUCGUUGUCAUUGGCUGGGGCAUGGACAAGGUGUACAUGGAUCUGAGCUUUGACAUUUUCCAAGUUGCCGUCAUGUUUGUCGCAGUGUUGUUGACUAAUUACCUGAUUGGUGACGGCAAGAGUCAUUGGCUGGAAGGCUUUCUGCUCAUCUGCCUCUGGGCCAUCAUUGCCGUCUGCUCAUUCUGGUAUCCAAAUGCAAAUCUCGACGCGGCAAACGGUGGUAAACCCGUAUAA